AUGUCUGUCAUGGCCGCCUCCGUGGCCCGGGGAGGCGUGAGUGCUGGGCUGCUGCUGCGGGCGGCCAGGGGAGCCUGGUGGAGCCGGCCCGGAGGCAGUUGGGGGUCUGGGGAGGCGGCGGCGCCAGCGACAGCCAGAGGAUUCCGAGCGACAGGCUCGCACCCGGCGGGGGAGGAGGAAGCUGGCGGCCCCGAGCGGCCCGGGGACGUGGUGAACGUGGUGUUCGUAGACCGGUCAGGCCAACGGAUUCCGGUGAGCGGCAGAGUGGGGGACAAUGUUCUCCACUUGGCCCAGCGCCACGGAGUGGACCUGGAAGGGGCCUGUGAAGCUUCCCUGGCGUGCUCCACCUGCCAUGUGUACGUGAGCGAGGACCACCUGGACCUCCUGCCUCCUCCUGAUGAGCGGGAGGACGACAUGCUGGACAUGGCCCCCCUUCUUCAGGAGAACUCCCGGCUGGGCUGCCAAAUCGUGCUGACUCCAGAGCUGGAAGGGGCCGAAUUCACCCUGCCGAAGAUCACCAGGAACUUCUACGUGGACGGCCAUGUCCCCAAGCCCCACUGA